ACGCAAGUCUUGGAUUGCAAAGGUACGCAACGCCGGGUUACGUAUCCUUGUCCAUCUUACAACCCAAGUCAGACUCAGAUCCCGAUCGAUUUGAAGCUUAAAUCCAAACCCAUAUCCCACACGGUGUUCUGAUCCUACCUCGUCACCAACAAAAUCUCACAAAUUAUAACGGACCAACUGCAAGCAACAAACAAACCGCAGAAGAAGCAAAGCAUCCAACACAAUAAUCAUGGCCAUGGCCGACACGCAGCUCCACCGCCUCUUCUUAUUCGUCACGCUACUCGCCGCCGCCGCCGUCUCUUCCGUCUCCGGCGCGCGCAGCGUCCCCGCGGAGCCGCCGAGCGCGUACGAGAUGCUGGAGAAGUUCGGGUUCCCCAAGGGCAUCCUCCCCGUGGGCGUGACCGGGUACAAGCUGCGGCGAUCGGACGGCGCGUUCCAGGUGUUCAUGGACCGGGACUGCGAGUUCGAGGUGGACGGCGGCUACAGGCUCACCUACCAGCGGACGAUCUCCGGCAGGGUGGCCGGCGGCAGCAUCCGCGACCUCCGGGGCGUCUCCGUGAAGAUGUUCUUCGUCAACUGGGGAAUCGACCAGGUGCUCAUGGUGGACGCCGACCACCUCAUGUUCUACGUCGGGCCGAUCUCCCAGGCCUUCACGACAGAUAACUUCCUGGAGUCUCCUGAAUGUCGGGGUUGCCGCGGCAGCGACGGUGGCCAGAGUGCCGGCGGCGGCUCUGCUGUGGCGGCGAUUUAGGACCGAUCGAUGGUGCGUGUGAGUAACUUGGUGGUUUCGACUAUUGGUGCGUGGAUUUUUCUUCUCCAAACGGAUGGAGGGAUUGAACGGGAUGCCGGUCUCAUUGUGACACUUCUGAUUAUUAUUCUCCAAUUGUAUUUGUGUAAUCGACUGAUUUUGCCCAGUGACAUUGCUGUGAGAUGAUUUGUUUGGAUUGGAAAUACUACUCCCUCCUAUCUAUAUUAA